AUGAAUUGUGUUUCAUGCUCGAUUCACUUGCCAUCAAACAAUUAUGCAUUAGUUGAAGGUGAUUAUUUUUGUUGGACAUGUUUCUUUGAAGAACAUGUUCGUCUUCCAAUAAAACAAACAAUAUGUCAGAAUUGUGGAGGUAUACCGUUGUCAUCUAGUAGAACAUCGUUAAAUCAAAAACAAGAAAGACAUAGCUCGACAGCUUCAUUGGUUACUAGACAUGUUGGUACAACCAUCGCUAAAGCGUUUCGUCGAUUUCGAUCGCCUUCACCGCUACCAACUGCAGCCGCUCCUCCUAGUCAUCAAAAACCACCACGUCCAUCUAAAACGCAUAAUUCAACAUGUCAAGUAUGUUUUGAUGAAAAAUCAUCUAAACAAUUUUGUCCAAUAUUUAAUCAUAACUGUCUUCAAGUUCAACGAACUAUUUGUGAUACAUGUAUCUAUCGUCAUAUUCAACAAUCUUUUCAAGAAAUGUGUACAGAUGAUGUUCGAUGUCCAGAACUUCAAUGUAAUAGUAAAUAUGCUUACGAUACAAUUAAACAUAUUCUUAUUUCGAAUAAGGAUGAAAAACUUUUUGAAAGAUAUGAUCGAUUUAUAAAUCUUCAUGGAUUAGAACAAAUGGAUGAAUUUAUUUGGUGUUCAAAUCCAAAAUGUCAAAUGGGACAAUUAAAUGAUGGUGGAGAAUUUAAUAAUAUUGUUACUUGUAUUCGAUGUCAUAAAAAAACAUGUUUUAAACAUAAAAUACAAUGGCAUACAGGAUUGACAUGUGAAGAGUAUGAUUUAAAAAUAAAUGAUAAUCUUAGAGCAAGUUUAAGAUGGUUAAAUCAAAAUACAAAAACAUGUCCAAAUUGUCCUUAUCAAAUUGAAAAAAAUGAUGGAUGUGAUCAUAUAACUUGUAUUAAAUGUCAAUAUGAAUUUUGUUGGUCUUGUUUAGCUGAUUAUGAUCAAAUACGACGCGAAGGAAAUCAUCGACAUCAUCCUCAUUGUAAACAUUAUGCAGCUUAUAAUAAAUCAUAA